CCACACACACACGCACACACACACACACUUACCGGCACUUUGACGAGAAGGUCGGGGACAUGAUGGUUGUGUCAGCGCGGAGCUGGCUCGCCAACGAGGGAGGAAAACACUUCGUCCUGAUGAUGUGGUUGGGAGCUAACACCUGGCUCUUUGUCAAAACCUUCCUGAUGUACUGCAGUGGACAGCAGUAUCACUACCUCUACAAGAUGCUCGGGCUUGGACUUUGCAUCAGCAGGGCUUCUGCAUCUGCGCUGAACCUAAAUUGCAGCUUGGUGCUGUUGCCCAUGUGUCGCACUCUUCUUACGUUCGUCCGAGGAACACACACGGUGUCAAGCAGAAAGACCCGGCGACUGCUGGACAGGAGUAAGACCUUCCAUGUGGCCUGUGGAGUUGCCAUCUGCAUCUUCUCUGUCGUUCAUGUCUCUGCCCACCUCGUGAACGUUAUGAACUUCAGUAGCAGCUACUCAGAAGACUUCCCGGCUCUUAAUUUUGCUCGCUACAAAGGAGAGGACCCCAAGCGAAUCAUUCUGACCACAGUUCCCGGAAUCACUGGCGUUCUAUUAGUUGUCAUCCUUUUCCUGAUGUUCACGUCUUCCUCCUACUGCGUGCGAAUAUACAACUAUGAAAUCUUCUGGUAUACACACAACCUCUUCAUCAUCUUCUAUAUCAUUCUGAUGGUGCACAUGGUCGGAGGAGCACUAAAAUAUCAGACCAACAUCGAGGCUCAUCCCCCUGGAUGCUUACGAGCCAACCACAGCCGUGCAGAGGAACAAGGGGAGGAACUAGAGAAACGUGAGCAAGAGGAGAUGCCGUGCAAGGCAGAGGCUCACUUCCAGCCCCACUUCCCUCAGACAUGGCUGUGGGUAUCGGGUCCUCUGUGUCUCUACUGUGCGGAGCGUCUGUACCGCUAUAUCCGGAGCAGCGAUCCGGUUACCAUAGUGACUGUCAUCAGGCACCCCUGUGAUGUCAUUGAGUUACGAAUGCUUAAGAAGAACUUUAAAGCUCGUCCGGGGCAGUAUAUUGUCCUCAACUGUCCCAAUGUCUCGUCAUUUGAGAACCAUCCUUUCACGCUAACGGCGUGUCCCACAGAGAACAAAGAAACGUUCGGCAUUCAUCUUCGGGUCGUCGGAGACUGGACUGAGCGCUUCACACAGAUGUUACUUCCUGACCUUACGAGAGACUUGGACAUCCUCCCUGUGGUGCAUCAGAGAAGAUACCCCAAGCUUUAUGUGGAUGGUCCGUUUGGAAGUCCUUCGGAGGAAGUGUUCAACUAUGACGUCAGCCUUUGCGUCGCGGGCGGAAUAGGGGUGACGCCGUUCGCCUGUGUCCUGCAUACUCUUCUUGACGGCUGGAUGGGGUUCAGGUUGAAGAGGUUGUACUUUGUGUGGGUCUGCAGGGAGCUCCGGUCGUUUUACUGGUUCGCUGAGCUGCUGUCGACCCUACAUCAUAAGUUAUGGCAUGAAAACAAACCUGACUACUUGAACCUGAAACUGUACGUCAGUCAGGCAGACAACCUGCAGGGCCUAACUGAGGAGAAAUACCACCUGCUUGCAUCACGCCUACUGGUGGGUCGUCCCAGGUGGAAGUUACUGUUUGAUGAAAUUGGAAGGACCAACAAGCGUCACGCUGUCCUCGUGCUUGUGUGUGACUUUUCAGGAAGCGAGUUGGGGUGUUCUGUUGUGGACCUAAAGGCAUCUCCAGGACUCUUCACAGACUGUGUAACUCAGCUCACUUUCCUGGAACUACUUUUGAAUUUAACAAAGAGUCCUUCAGCUGAUUGUGCCUUGAGCAGGAAAAGCAUAGCUCGUUCGGAUUCAAUCACUCUGCAUUGAAAUUACAUUGUACAUGUAAUGUAGCCACUCUCAAAGGAACUGUCCCAAAAAAGGGACUUGAUCGUUGGCUAUUCACAGAUCGACUGUACAGUUCUCUACUCGUUAUUAUCCCUGGUCAGCCUAAAUUGGUGCUUUACAGAGGCCCCUGGGAAGAAAUCAGCACCCUGAAGUUCACCGGGAACAGCCCAUCUCUCGAUGAACCACCUCGAAUGUGCUUCAUUUUGGAAGCUGCUAAUGAAUUUAGAGCUUUAUUUGGAUUAUAGAGUGAUCAAGCGCAACAAGUGAUGGCCACACGUGAUGAGUGUAUCAUACUUGGGGAGUUCAUCGUUCUGUGUAACAGUGUUGACGUGUCAUAUUGAAAGAAUCGUUUAAUCAUUCCACAAGAGGCAUUUUUGUUUUUUCUACACUUUACUCUGGAUAUACAGCGGCACCUUGAGAUACGAGUCACUUCAAGUUUUUCGAGAUCUGAACCGUCAUUCUGAAGAUUUCUUUGCAGUGACUUGCGAGUACAAACUUGAGAUACUGCAUCAUGUGUGGAUUUUCAUUUCUUUCAAAUGAAAGGACCACAGAUAAAAUUUGGAUCAGAUCUGAUUUUAAUGCAGCCACUCACAUUUCAUGAGCUUGUGAGAAAUCACAUGCAUUACGAUCCUUGAGCACCAGUUUUUCGGUGAGUGUACAGUAUUCACUUGUAUUAAAACAAGGUAAUUUCCUUUUAAGUGGGAGUCAAAUCAGACAUUUUCUUUUUUAUAAUAUACUUUAUGUGCCCCCACUAAACAGGGAAUUUCAAAUGGAGUUGGUGGAAUAAAAAUUAACCAGACAAAUCCACCUAUUUCAGCCAUCCGCAGAAGCUAAAAUUUUAUGCAGCAUUGCCCCCUGCUGUUGGCUGAAAUUCACGUCAAAGUGUUGAUGGGUUUGAAUUGCUGCCGUAGAAUUUCUGGGUUUGGUCACAUGGAUUUAUUAUCUGUUACAUUCUUAUUCCACAAUCCAAUUUUAAUGAGAUUGCUGUGUUUAGACUAGUGGAGGCACACAUAACAUAAUUGCACUUUUAACAUGUUUAUUUCAUUGUAUUUCAUUUGACCUUCACUUUCAAUUGGGUCAUCAUAAUAUCGAAAAUAAUUAUACAAUUGUACAUUUAAUAGUGAUUAAAACCCAUUUAAUUUCUGAAUAUAGAAUAUGUUAAUAUUUAGCAAACACCUUUCAAGGCAAGCUCUUUCACCUAACUCAAGCAUGUGAAUCGUUGUUCAUAUUAUUAUUGUUAUUAUUAUCAUCAAUUAUCAUUAUCAAUAUCAUUAUCAACACAUGCAUGUGUACCCGCACGUCCUCGGUGUAUUCUGAUUGGUAAAUGUUUGGAAUAUGUGGGAUAUCUUCCUGAAUGAUUUUCAGCCUGCUGUUUAAAAACUUCAUGAAGGUUGGUGCACCCAAAUCAACAAUUUACAGCGUCUGACAUUGUGAGUAAGAUUUUUUCUUUUUGUACAUGUGCAGUGUAUCCGAGAUACCUUAUCAACAAAUACAUAGAAGUGUUUAUGACAUUUGAAUAAUUACCGUGCAUUUUACUUAAUGGACUAAAUCUUU